UUCUUACAGCCCAACCAACAACCCAAGCACAACGACUACGGUUUGCUGCGUCUCUGCACUUGCUUAGGAGACUCACUCACUUCCCGACCAUGGACAACUCUUCAGAUGCUCACAGCCGUCACAGGUGCGCGGCGUGCUACCGGCAGUUCAACCGGAUGGAGCACCUGGUGGAGCACAUGCGGACGUCGCACCACUCCCGCCACGAGCCACGCUGCGGCGUCUGCGGCAAGCACUGCCGCUCCCUCGACGCCCUCCGCGACCACCUCGGCUUCGGCGCCUCCCUGCCAUCCAAGCCAGCCUGCGCCACCGCCUUCCAAGCCCACGGCUGCCCGCUCUGCCUCGCCGUCUUCCCCACCUCCGCCGCCCUCCGCGCCCACUGCGCCGCAUGCAAGCUCUCCCGCGCUCCGAUCCCCUCUUCCGUCCAGAGCCUCACAAGGACUAUGUCGAGGAUGGGCGUUCGAGGCGGCGGUGGCGCGGUGGCGCUGGGGUGCAAGAUGGUGGGCGGGGGUAGCGACGGCACGCUUGACGUGUGCGCGCGCGUCUGCGUCGUCGACGAGCACGAGGCCAUCCUCUACGAGAGCUUCGUGAAGCCUCUCAUCCCGGUGACGCACUACCGGUACGAGAGCACGGGCAUCCGCCCCGAGCACCUCCGCGACGCGCCCACGGUGAAGCAGGCGACGAGGCGGAUCCAGGACAUCCUCCUCAACGGCGAGCAGUCCUAUUACUCCUCCCGCGGCGCCGCCCGGCUCCUCGUCGGCCACGGGCUGGAGCACGACCUCGACGCGCUCGGCAUGGACUACCCGGCGCACCUCAGGCGGGACACGGCCGCGUACCCGCCGCUGAUGAAGACCAGCGCCAGGCUCAUGAGCAACUCGCUCCGGUACCUCACGCGGAGCUGCCUGGGCUAUGACAUACAGACCGGCGGCCACCAUCACCCGUACGACGACUGCGUGGCCGCCAUGCGCCUGUACAAGAGGAUGCGCGCCAUGAGGGACCAGCACGGCCGGUCCAAGGACAACGACGAUGACUGCACGGCCAAGGCGUUCCCGAGCAUAGGUCUCCAAGUCUCUACAUCUGAAUGAUGCAUAUGGCUAAUAUUAUUAAUAAGCAAAAUAUCCAACAUAGGUCUCCAAGUCUCGAACCAAAAA